CAAAAACCAGAACGAGGCGAAGCAGGUAAAUGGAGCCGGCUAGGGAAGAGGUCAAAGACAGUUGAGGGUUGGAGAGCAGGCUGGGUGUUAUAUAGCAGGAGGAGCAGGUGUGUGAGAUAAGGUGAUGACAGGGUGCAGGUGAUGGUAAUUAAGUGGCCGACGGCUUGAUUGAGGAGGCAGCAGAGGCAGAGGAGGCUGUCAGUCUGGGAGUCAUGACAGUAGAUCUGUCAGGAUUCUCAAAUCCUAGCAUUUACCGUUUAUUUUCUAUCAGAAGCUAACGCAGGAGAUAGUUGUAGGAGACUAUUAUAUGUUCAGCCUGCAUAAAAACUCAAAGGGACUGGUUAUAAUGAGAAAUAAUCCACACCUUUAAGAUUUAGUUCACAGCCUUAGACCUGCUCCGACUAGUCGUUAGCUCUUCAAUCUGAGCAAAAUCAAACCUAUUUCUCCAAAGUGAGGUAUUCUAGGAUGCGGUAGUUUGAGGUGCAUUUUGUGCGCUACGCUGUCACGUCACUCUCUUUGUUUAUAGAUGGCACUAAUCGCUCUUCAUACCUUCCAGGAAACGGUCGCAUCCCGAGGAUGAGGCGACUCCAGAGGCGUGGAUUCCCAGCACCGCCGUCUUCUUAAGGUUGAAUCAGCUCUUUGCCUUUAGCUCCACUCUCACCCCGCUGUGCACAGACAUGUAGCCUUCCGUUUUUAUUUGUGGGCGCACACAAAAAAGGAUGAGCCGUGUAGCGGUUUCUAAUUAUAGCGGCUCUUAUUUUUCCUUAUUGCUUUAUGGAUGCCUCUGGAAUGGUGUCCUGUCCAGAUAGCGUGGGAAUAUUUCAGUAGCGAGAGGCUGUAGGAUCUCUGGACUGGAUGCUUCAGCAUCCGCCUGCAGCAGAGAGACCGUCUCGAGGUUGUAGUCCGAGUCCAGGUCCAGGUCUGUGCGUGGGGAUGCGCGUCCUCCAGCCGCUACAGAAGACCCUCCUCUCUGCAUGUCGGAUUUGACUCCAAGGAGAAGAAGAAGGGGCGAUGCGGGAGUAUAAGGUGGUGGUGCUGGGCAGCGGUGGGGUGGGGAAGUCCGCGCUCACGGUCCAGUUCGUCACCGGGACCUUUAUAGAGAAGUACGACCCGACCAUUGAAGAUUUCUACAGGAAGGAGAUCGAGGUGGAUUCCUCUCCGUCGGUGCUGGAGAUCCUGGACACUGCAGGCACCGAACAGUUCGCCUCCAUGAGGGACCUCUACAUCAGGAACGGCCAGGGCUUCAUCCUGGUCUACAGCCUGGUCAACCAGCAAAGUUUUCAGGACAUCAAGCCCAUGAGAGACCAGAUCAUCAGGGUCAAGAGGUACCAGCAGGUGCCAGUGGUGCUGGUGGGCAAUAAGGUGGAUCUGGAGGACGAGAGGGAAGUGUCCCCCAGCGAGGGCCAGGCACUGGCAGAGGACUGGGGCUGCCCUUUCAUGGAGACGUCGGCCAAGAGCAAGACGAUGGUGGACGAGCUUUUUGCUGAAAUCGUCAGACAGAUGGACUUCUGCCCUCUGCCCAGCCGAAGAGAAACCUGCUGCCCCACCUGCAGCGUCCAGUAGCAACCUGAUAGAAAUUAGAGUGCAAAUGUAUUUGUGUCAGUUCAAAAAGAAAGUUAGAGGGAAAACCCCUGUUGUGCUAUUCAAGUUCUACCUGCUUCCUGUAUGUGCAAAUUAAGGCCUGCUCUCUGGACAAGAGGUUUGUGGGAAAUCACUCACUGACAAAGGCUGGGGGGGUGUUAGAUUUAAACAUUCGUCACUUCUCAGACAUUGAGAGAACAAGCAGCACUUGACCUCCAGCACCCAUCACCGUUCUGCUGAUUGUUUCGGAGUGAUUUCCCUGAGUUUCCCUAAAGCACCGUGGUGCCAAAGCCAUCAACCAAGAGGAUAAGUGGUGCUAAAUGCUUUUUGGAAAGCAGCCAUAGGUCAAAGCAGGUAUUAUUAGUUUCUUCUUCUUCUUCUUCUUCUUCUUCUGCUUGUGUUGUUCUCUUUGCACCUUUGGGACAUAUUUGACUGUGCAAGACAGACACUACACAGAGUUCAUUUCACAGCAGGCCCGCCUAACUAAGAAUGAAUGAAAAGAUGAACGAAUGUCUCAAAAAGAAAAUAAAACAAAAACGCACCUUUGGGGGGAAUUCAUGCUGAAGGUCCCAAAUGCUGACAUACUGUGGAUGAUGUGUGCAUGACGCUGUAGUGUCACACUGACAUUGAGUACAAUCAACCACACCCAAAGAGACAGCGAUCAGUCAGUGGUUCAAAUGUACAACACUCGUGUUUUCACACUGCAGACAGAACAAAUGCCUUGUUACAUGUUUAAGAUAAGCAUCAGUGUCAGUGUGUAGCUAAUCUAUGCUAAUUCACAUCAGAUAUGUUAGUAGUUUGAUGUCAGAAACACUUAUUUUCAACAAAAAAUAAAACUUUAUGCACAA